AUGGCAUGUGUAUUUCUACACGGUUUUCCACGAGAGUUGCAUCAUUCCACGUGAAGUUGGGCACCGUUCUAUCCUACGGAUUCUUGAGUUGAGUUUUCACCGAAAGAAAGUGAAGAUGUUGGCCGCCGCGAGAUUAUUGAACCGUAAUUACGUCGGUGUCGCGUGUGACAUCGCCAGGAAACAACAGUUCAGCACAAUUUUGAAAAAUGUCGCAGCUCCAACAGUCACUGUACCACAUCGGCUUACUGAUUUACAACAGUAUCGAUAUAAAUCUGAAGGUGUAAAAGGUGCAGUUAUUGGUAUCGAUCUUGGAACUACAUUCUCUUGCGUAGCAGUAAUGGAAGGCAAACAAGCUAAAGUUAUAGAAAAUGCUGAAGGUUCUAGAACCACACCAUCUUAUGUUGCUUUUACAAAAGAUGACGAACGUUUAGUUGGCAUGCCUGCAAAACGUCAAGCAGUAACAAACUCUGCUAACACAUUUUAUGCAACAAAACGAUUAAUUGGAAGAAGAUUUGAUGAUCCUGAAGUAAAAAAGGAUAUGAAAAGUGUAACGUAUAAAAUCGUAAAAGCAUCCAAUGGAGAUGCAUGGGUACAAGGUGCCGAUGGAAAAAUGUACUCUCCCAGCCAAAUAGGAGCAUUUGUACUUAUGAAAAUGAAAGAAACAGCUGCAGCUUACUUGAAUACUCCAGUAAAAAAUGCUGUUAUUACUGUGCCAGCAUAUUUCAAUGAUUCACAACGACAAGCAACAAAGGAUGCUGGUCAGAUAGCUGGAUUGAAUGUGCUUCGAGUAAUUAAUGAACCAACUGCUGCUGCACUUGCAUAUGGCAUGGACAAACAAGAAGAUAAAAUUAUUGCUGUUUACGAUUUAGGUGGAGGUACUUUUGAUAUCUCAAUUUUAGAAAUCCAGAAAGGUGUUUUUGAAGUAAAAUCCACAAAUGGAGAUACAUUCUUGGGAGGAGAGGAUUUUGAUAAUGCAUUAGUUAAUUACCUUGUAUCUGAAUUUAAAAAAGAGCAAGGCUUAGAUGUGACGAAGGAUGCAAUGGCAAUGCAACGAUUAAAAGAAGCUGCAGAAAAAGCCAAAAUUGAGUUGUCAAGUUCCCUCCAAACGGAUAUAAAUUUACCUUACCUUACUAUGGAUUCUAGUGGACCAAAACACUUGAAUCUUAAGUUAUCCAGAAGUAAAUUUGAAAGUUUAGUAAAUGAUCUGAUCAAGCGUACUAUUCAACCUUGUCAGAAAGCACUUUCUGACGCCGAAGUAACGAAAUCCGACAUUGGAGAAGUUUUAUUGGUUGGUGGCAUGACCAGAGUUCCCAAGGUACAACAGACAGUUCAAGAACUAUUUGGUAGACAACCUUCAAAAGCUGUAAAUCCAGAUGAAGCAGUAGCUGUUGGUGCUGCAGUUCAAGGAGGUGUACUUGCAGGAGAUGUGACAGAUGUUUUACUUCUUGAUGUUACUCCUUUAUCAUUAGGUAUUGAAACACUUGGUGGUGUAUUUACAAGAUUAAUCUCUCGUAAUACAACUAUACCUACGAAGAAGAGUCAAGUAUUUUCUACAGCAGCGGAUGGUCAGACUCAAGUCGAGAUUAAAGUUCAUCAAGGCGAGCGAGAAAUGGCUAGUGAUAACAAACUUUUGGGACAGUUUAGUCUUAUUGGCAUUCCACCUGCACCAAGAGGUGUACCACAAAUAGAAGUAACAUUUGAUAUUGAUGCAAAUGGUAUAGUGCAUGUAUCGGCUAGAGACAAAGGAACUGGCAAGGAACAACAAAUUGUUAUUCAAUCUAGUGGUGGUCUUAGCAAAGACGAAAUUGAAAACAUGGUUAAGAAUGCUGAACAAUAUGCAAAAGCAGAUAAAGUUAAGAAGGAAAGAGUUGAAGCUCUUAAUCAAGCAGAAGGAAUUAUACAUGAUACAGAAACGAAAUUAGAAGAAUUCAAAGCGCAACUACCACAAGAAGAGUGUGAUAAACUUAAAGAGUUAGUUGCUAAACUGCGAGAGACUUUGGCUAAAAAAGAUGAUGUUGAUCCUGAAGAAAUAAAAAAGCAAACGAACGAACUCCAACAAGCAAGCUUGAAACUAUUUGAGAUGGCAUAUAAGAAGAUGGCAGCAGAAAGAGAGAGUCAAAACCAAAAUCAGUCACAACAGGAAUCUGAAGGCGAGAAAAAGGAGGAGAAAAAUUAAUUAUAAUUAGGUAAUUUGUAUUUUGUAAAAAAGAAAGAUUCCAUUUUGCACACACUUGUAUAAGCAUCUGUUGUUUUUUUGCAAGCUCUUAUAAAAGAGCUAUUUAUUAAACAUAAGUUUAAUUUUGACGUUCUAUGCGAUAAUGAACAAUAAGCCGAUUAGAAAUUAAAAAAGCAAAGUAUUAUGCAAUUCUCACAUAGAAUGGAUUAUAUGUUUUAAUAUAUAAUAGUGAUAAUUGUAAAAUGAUUUGUACCAAAAAAACAAUAUGAAAAUAAUUUGUUAACAGUUACAAUCUUGGUUUUGUGAGAUAUUAUAGCACAUUUGGUGAAUGAGUCUGAAAUGAGAAUAGAGAGAAUGAGAUGAGUGUUUUGUGCAAAAUAAAAUUAUCCUGUAAACAAUAUACAAUACAUAGGUUACUGUAGAGAAUA